AUGGAAGCGAUGCGCAGCUUCCUGAACGGUUUGUUGAUGCCCCUCGCUCGCGUAGCGACUUUCAGCCAACAUGCAUCCCACUUCAUCUUCCGCAACACCAAAAUCUUCCACCGCGCCAUCAUGGCUAUGGCCGCCACACGCAGAGACUCGCUCCUCGACAACGACCCAGAGCCCAAGCGGCGUAUGGUGCACCUCAAGACCAAGGAAGAAUGCCGCCUCGGAAAUGAGACCAUCCAAGUCUGGACCGUCGAGCUGCCUAGCAAGCAUGCCGAAGGCAUCCUGAGAGUCAUCAAGGAGAACGUCGAGGGCCAAGAUACAGUCGACCUGCAACACCUCCGCCGUUUCGCCAAACCCAGAUACUUACCAGAGCAUGUCCUCGGCAAGCGUGACAAGGUCAAGGAGCUGUAUGCCGUCUCGCGCGCCUGGGAGAACACUCCCGCCUCCGUCAUGCAAGCAGCCGGCAGCAGCGUGUGGGAGUACUCCAACCCCGGCAAGUCACGCAACACCGCCAGCAGGCCGUCCACGCUCCAUCUUCUUGUUUGUCCAACUAAGAUCAUCGACCUGAAGACGCUGCAUGCACUCCUGUCGGAACACACCCCCUUUGCCUCCAAUGCCGAGUCUUGGGCGUACCCACUCGAGAUCAAGGAUAUCACCGUCCCGCUGCUAGCACCCACCAGCUCAGAGCAGGCCGACAAGUGGUCAUUGGAGUACUGGCCAACCUUCUAUCGAAAGACCAACCCAUUCGGCGCCCAUCCUGCCAGCAUCCAGAAGGCCGAGGACGAGCUGCAGAAUCCACAAGACGACAACAUCGGUAUUGACGAGGCGCUCGCUCUUGCUGAGAAGGUUGGUGAUGACCACCGCCGCCGUGGCAUUGGCACUGGCGCAGGAUGCUGCAUCAUCGAACGCGUCGAAGGACAGACUCAGAUCAUCGCCCUUGCUGGUGAUGCCCGCUACAAGCCGCAAGCCAACGCUGUCGCCAACGAAGAUACCGGCUGUCAUGGAAGUCCAAUGGGCCACGCCAUCAUGCGUGCCGUUGGCAUGGUGGGACGAAAGCGUCUGCGUUGCGCGUCUCAGCCGGUCACAAAGGCCGCCGCCAAAGCUGAAGGCAACUUCGCCAAAGGUGGCCUCGAACACGACAUCGAGGCCCGCGACGCUUUCUUCUGCGAUCAACCACUUACCUCACUCGAAAAUGAGCACUUCGUCAAGGAUAACAUGAGACCGGAUGGGUACCUUUGCCUCAAGCUCGAGAUCUUCCUCACUCACGAGCCCUGCAUAAUGUGCUCGAUGGCCCUGGUACACAGCCGUGUUGGACGUGUAAUCUUCAAGCGACGAAUGCCCAAGACUGGAGGCCUGACUGCCGAGAUGGUUAGAAACGAGUCCGGACCAGUCAGCCUCGGAUACGGAAUGUGCUGGCGCAAGGAGCUGAACUGGCAGUUCAUGUGCUGGGAAUACAUGCCGGAGGAGGAAGAGGGGACCGUGAUGAGACAAGACUUACGCAAUGAUUCCACGGAGAAGUACCAAGAAGCAGAAGAUUCGACUGACAGCGAAAGUGCUAAUGUUACCUUGAGCAGCUUUGCGCGCAUGCAUGUGUAG